CCCGUCGGAACUCCGCCGCAAAACGUCUCCAUGGUCAUCGACACCGGCAGCGAGCUCUCAUGGCUACGAUGCAACCGGAGCUCUCCCGGCACGAACCCAACCCAGAAUCCGAAUAAGUUCGACCCGACCCGGUCUUCCUCGUACUCUCCGAUCCCAUGUUCCUCCGCUACUUGUCGGACCCGGACCCGGGAUUUCCUCAUACCCGCCUCCUGCGACUCCGACAACCUCUGUCACGCCACGUUGUCUUACGCAGAUGCUUCCUCGUCGGAGGGGAAUCUCGCGUCCGAGAUUUUCCAUAUCGGGAGCUCCAAUAUCUCGGGUCUUGUUUUCGGGUGCAUGGGUUUCGUAUCGGGAUCCGACCCGGAAGAAGACAACAAGACCACCGGAUUACUGGGCAUGAACCGUGGGUCCCUCUCCUUCAUCUCUCAGAUGGGUUUCCCCAAAUUCUCGUACUGCAUCUCGGGCUCCUCUGAUCUCUCCGGCGUACUUCUUCUCGGCGACGCCAAUUUCUCCUGGCUCGGGCCGUUAAACUACACGCCGUUAAUACAGAUCUCGACGCCGUUACCUUACUUCGACCGGGUCGCUUACACGGUUCAGCUCACGGGGAUCAAAGUGGAUGGUAAGCUGUUACCGAUACCGGAAUCGGUUCUACGGCCAGACCAUACCGGUGCCGGUCAAACCAUGGUUGAUUCAGGAACCCAGUUCACAUUCUUACUUGGACCGGUUUACACCGCACUCCGAGACGAAUUCCUGAAUCGGACCAGUGGAAUUCUCCCGGUUUACGAAGAUCCUGACUUUGUUUUCCAAGGUGCAAUGGAUCUAUGUUACAGGAUUCGACCGGCUCUAACCGGGAUUUUCCGCCGGUUACCAACAGUGACCCUGGUUUUCGAAGGUGCGGAAAUGGCGGUUUAUGACGAACCAUUGCUAUACCGGGUUCCACAUCUUGCUGUGGGGAACGAUUCGGUGUAUUGCUUCACAUUUGGUAACUCCGAUCUACUAGGAAUCGAGGCAUAUGUCAUCGGACACCAUCAUCAACAGAAUAUGUGGAUCGAAUUCGAUCUCGAGAGAUCGAGAAUCGGCCUUGCUCGAAUUCAAUGCGACGUCUCCAGCCAGAGACUCGGGAUCGGAUCAUGAACGCAUAAUAUCAACACGGACGUAUAUGUAACAAUUGAAAGUACCGGGAGUAAACUAUGCAUAUAUUGAGAGUAUGGGGGGUGGGGGGUUAUGUGCAUUUUUACCGUGACUCCCAGUAAUAGGUAAGUAGGUAGAAAAUUAUUAUGUAGUAUAAGGUGCACGUGAUCACGGUGGUCCUGUUAAUUAACACCGUCAGAUUACGUGGACCCUACAGCCUUUAUGAAGCAUUUAACUUUGGAGAUGCGGCGAGUUUGUUAGUGGCAGGUUGGGUGUCUUUGAAGAUGUAUUUGAAUUUGGUGAUUUUAGUAUUUUGUGUCCCGUUGUUUUGUAACAUAAUGCAAUUUUGCUAUAUUGUGAUUGUUAUAUUCAUUAUAAAGUCAUAUUGAUAUCAA